GGGAGCUUCAUUGAUAUAGCGGUUCGUCGGCUUCCAUCUCCAAUUUCUGCGACGCGUCGCACUUGAGAAAAACAACUCGAAAAUUGCGUUUAGCCGGAAAAUGUCUCUGUCUCUCCACUUCCUUCUACCAUCAUGUCCAUCGAAAAGGGAGACAAGAACGAAGCGGAGCAGAAUUUCAAGGUUCCCCCCAUUAUGGCUGUUCCCACUCAGAGAAGUAGCCUUCGGUCUGUGUUAAUCGUGGCUACCUGUACGAUUGCAAUGAUCGUCAAUCAGUCGAACAGUACUGCGGUAUCGAUCUCUUUGCCUACAAUAGGCGAUGACCUCGGUAUACCGGAAGCAAAACUCAACUGGAUCGUCUCUGCGUAUCCUCUAAGCUCUGGCUGUUUACUCGUCUUGUUUGGCAGGAUAGCGGAUUUGUACGGCCGAAAACGGAUGUUCUGUGUUGGGUCAUUGUGGCUGGCGGCUUUUUCCUUGGGAUGUUCAUUCUCUAAAGACGCUAUAACGCUCGAUAUACUGAGAGCAUUUCAAGGAAUUGGAGCUGCCGCAACCAUACCCGCCUCCAUCGGUAUCCUCGCCCAUGCCUUUCCGCCAUCACGCGCUCGCUCCAUUGCGUUUGCCACUUUUGCUGCAGGAGCACCACUAGGCGGUGCCUUUGGACUAGCUAUCGGUGGCGUACUAACGCAGCUCACCAAACGGUCGUGGCGUUCGCCCUUUUACCUCUCUGCUGGCGUGUGCGCAGCAUCAUUCGUAAUGGGACUGGUCGUCAUCGAUGCCGACCUGCCUUCGACGGAAACAGACCAGCGAAUUGAUUGGAUCGGUGGAUUCCUCGUCACCGUCGGUCUCGUACUCAUUGUCUUCGUUCUUUCUCAAGGAGAGGUGGCUCCUCAACAAUGGAAGACACCAUAUAUCAUCGCGCUUCUCAUAGUCGGUGUGAUAUUCGUUGCGGCAUUCCUGUACUGGCAAUACCACCUCGAGAAGCAACUGGAUGACCCAUCGGUGCCCAAGACCAAGUGGAACCCUCCGCCUCUGAUGCGGCUAUCCCUAUGGACAAGAGCAAAGGGCCGUGUGGCAGUUAUGAUGACUGUUGCGUUUCUGCAGUGGUGCGGUUUUUUGGCAUGGUGUUAUUGGGCUCAGCUGUACUAUCAAAAUUACAAAGGAUAUACUCCUCUUCUCACUGUGAUCCGAUUACUCCCGAUGUGCGUAUCUGGAAUUACAUGCAAUGUGAUUGUAGCGGCUCUUGUAGGGCGUCUACCACUUGUGUGGUUUAUGGCCAUCGGAACUGGUUUAACAAGCGUCGCCCCCCUCCUAUUCGGUCUAAUAAACCCCAAUGCGACGUACUGGGCGUUCGGGUUCCCUGCAGCCAUAGUCGCAGUCGUUGGUGCCGACUUUGUGUUCGCUGGCGGGACUCUGUUCAUUGCCAAGGUAUCAUUGCCGCAUGAACAGAGUCUUGCGGGAGGCGUAUUUCAAACCAUGACCCAGCUCGGGACAUCUGUUGGUGUGACGGUGUCGACUGUUGUUUUCGAUCGUGUAUUACGCCAGCGUUCGGCGGAUAUGGGAGUGAUUUUAGAUGCAAACGCAGAUGGGGCACCGAAGGCUGCUCAAUUGGAUAGCUAUAAAGCGGCCGAGUGGACUAAUUUUUCCUUUGGCGUGUUGGCCACGAUUCUGGCGCUGAUUUUCUUCCGCGGUGUGGGUGUUGUGGGGCAGCAUCGCAAGCAGAUUGAUGAUCAGGAACGGACGGUCACCGAUCCGAUUUCCGAGAGUAAGACAUAGACACCACAUAUGUGGUAUAUGUGGUAUGCCAUUUAUACCUUUUUUUUUGGACUUGGCGCAUGCAUACCUAGAUUCUCUGUACGGCAAAAUCUGGAUGUAACCUCGUAGACAACUUGUAUUUAAUAUCAUAGUUCUUCACUGACC